GACAUCUUCUUCUUCCCCGCGCGCGCUGAUCUCUCUCUCCCUCUCUCUCCCUCCCCCUCCUCACACGCAGCGCCCAGGGUCUCCUCAACAACCCCUCAACGGCAAACUUCGUCCGGAGGAACGUAUCCGGAAAGUCAGACACUCGUGUCCGGAAUGUCGGAUACACAUAUCGGUUAGUCAACUAACCUAUAUACGUAUCCGAUGCGUAUGGGACUGUAUCCAAACGAGUAUCCGAUACGGGAUACGCUACUAAAUUGGCGUACCCAUGCUUCAUAGUUGACUACCUUUUUUCCCAAAAUCGAAUCUUUGCCUCACAAACACUGGGAAUCCGCGUGAAACUUUGAAGAAAAAGGAACUUGGUUGUCCAGUACACCAUAAAAGAAAGCAUUUUGAGCAUAUACAAUAGGUUUUGAGCGGCCCUGACCAUGCACAGACCUCUAGCGAGGGUUGCAUUGCGGUCAAUUGCAGAUUCGCUUUUUAAGUCACAACCACAAUACCAUUAUUGUUUUUGCAGGGACAAAGAAUUGGUCCCGACAGAUUGGAGUAUUCUCGAACUCUUACAACCUCAAAUUGUAAUGUUUCAAAACUGUUCAACUUGUGCGGGGUACCUAGAUUAGUAAAUAUGCAUGUUUUGUAGAAUGUAUAGGUGCACUGUACCUAUCAAUUACUCGUUACUAUCUUGGUAGUCAAAUCAAGCUUCAACUGCAAUUGUUAAAAUUUCUUAUAAAGAAAAUUCAAUUAUUUCUAGUUGGCUUGACAUAUUUUUCUUCUCGUUUUCUUAGCCCUGGUUAUAUCUUGAAGCAGGAUAAAUGUGCAGACCAUUUACUUUAUGUUUUUACAGUAACCUUUGGUUAAUUUGAGUGCGAGAUGAUAAAUGCAGGUCAUGAAGUUUCGUGGCACAGCGCAGAAUCAAUUACCAGGUCCAUGCAGAUGCAAAUUGUUGAUGCACUACGCUUGGGUGAGAGAGGCCAAGCUUCCAAUCUGCUUUUGAAUCUUGGCCAUGGGAAUGAUUCAUUAAGAGCUGAUGAUUUCAUCGAUAUUCUUAAUUACUGUGCUAAGUCACCUGAUCCAUUGUUUGUAAUGGAGACUUGGAGAAUAAUGGAUGAAAAAGAGAUUAGCCUGAAUAACAUAUGCUCUUUGCUUAUGGUGCAAUCUCUAUGUAAAGGAGGAUAUUUGGAGGAGGCAUUUAAGUUGAUAAAUUUCCUUGGAGAAAUUCCUGGCAUCUAUCCGGUUCUACCUAUCUACAACAGUUUCUUAAGGGCUUGUGCCAAAAUGCAGAGUAUAAAAAAUGCCAAUCAGUGUUUGGACUUGAUGGAGCGUCAAAUGGUGGGGAAGAAUGAAGUUACAUAUUCAGAGCUUCUCAAGCUUGCAGUUUGGCAGCAAAACCUGCCUGCGGCCCAUGAAAUUUGGAAGGAUUAUAUCAAAUGCUACAGUCUGAGCAUUAUUCCUCUACGGAAGUUUAUUUGGUCUUUUACUAGACUGGGAGAUUUAAAAUCUGCAUAUGAGAAGUUGCAAUAUAUGGUGGCUUUAGCCAUCAGGGGAAACACUUAUGUUAAUAGAACUUCUGAAGGAAAGUUGUAUUCGUCAAGAUUAGACAUUCCUAUACCUUCAAUCUGUGAAUUAGACUUGAAGAAACUUGAUUUGGAGGAGAAUAAACAUUCCAUUCCUUCCAUAUACUGUGAAAAUUUGGAUGACCAUGCUGUUAAUGCAGAUCAGUGCACUACUUUUGGCUUGGGAGUUGGAGAAGUUGAAAAUGUUCGAAUGGAUAUGCUUGAUAUACAUAUAAGCCAGCCUGUUAUGAAAAUUUUGAGAUGGUCGUUCAGUGAUGUUAUUCAUGCUUGUGCACGAUUAAGAAAUGGUGGCUUGGCAGAACAGUUGAUCCUACAAAUGCAAAAAUUUGGGUUGCAACCGUCAAGCCAUACAUAUGAUGGCUUUGUCAGAGCAGUUACUUCUGAGCGAGGUUUCAGUAGCGGAAUGGAAAUUUUAAGAAUUAUGCAGCAGAGAAAUUUGAAGCCGUAUGAUUCUACUCUGGCAAACCUUUCUAUAGGUUGCAGCAAAGUGCUAGAAUUGGAUUUCGCUGAGGCUCUGCUGGUUCAAAUAUCUGAAUGUUCAUAUCCACAUCCUUUCAAUGCUUUUCUUGCAGCAUGUGACACAGUGGAUCAACCUGAACGAGCAGUGCAGAUGUUGGCUAAAAUGAAACAAUUAAAAGUUGUGCCUGAUAUUAGGACAUACGAGCUGCUGUUUUCGUUAUUUGGUAACGUGAAUGCCCCAUACGAAGAGGGCAACAUGUUGUCACAGGUGGAUGCUGCUAAACGCAUUAAUGCUAUAGAACUGGAUAUGGCGAGAUAUGGUAUUCAGCACAGUUAUUUAUCAAUGAAGAACUUGUUGAAAGCGCUUGGAGCAGAGGGGAUGAUAAGAGAGCUGAUCCAGUAUUUGGACGUUGCAGAGAAUAUAUUUUGUCGUAAUAACAUUUAUCUGGGAACACCUAUUUAUAAUACGGUGCUGCAUUCACUUGUUGAGGCUAAGGAAAAUCAAAUGGCAAUUAAGAUAUUUAAAAAUAUGAAGUCAUUUGGUUUCCCGGCAGAUGCUGCGACUUAUCAUAUAAUGAUUGAUUGUUGUAGCAUUCUAGGAUGUUACAGAUCUGCUUGCGCAUUGGUCUCCAUGAUGUUGCGAGAUGGCUUUUAUCCACUAACAGUGACUUACACCAUUCUCAUAAAGAUUCUGUUGGAAGAUGAUGACAUUGAGGAAGCAUUGAAUCUUUUGGAUCAAGCCAGUUCAGAACGCAAUGAACUUGAUACCUUGCUAUUUAAUACCAUUCUUGAAAAAGCCUGUGAAAAGGAAGUGAUUGAGGUAGUUGAAUUUGUCGUUGAGUGGAUGCACCAAGAAAAAGUCCAGCCGGAUCCAGCGACCUGCCAUUUUGUUUUCUCUGCAUAUGCCAACAGUGGUUUUCACAGCACUGCCAUGGAAGCACUGCAGGCUUUGAGCAUGCGCAUGAUAUGUGAAGAAGAUGGCAGCUUUCCAGAAAAGGCAGAAUUUGAGGAUGACUUCAUCUUUGCUGAAGACUUGGAAGCUGAAUCACGAAUAGUACAGCUUUUUAAAGAUUCUGAAGAGAAUCUUGCUGUUGCCCUUUUGAAUCUAAGAUGGUGCGCCGUGCUUGGCUUAUUUGAGAAAAUUAGGGGAUGCCCUUUUAUCUUUUUUGGUUCAUUACGUUAUUUUGUAAGCUACUGCUUUGUAUAUUUAAAAGGUGAAAUCGUGCUGCAGUUCUCGGAACAAGAUCAACUGUGCCUAGGAGGAGGCGGCAGCAUAUUUUGUUGUUAAUUUAACAAACAAAGCACAAAAAAGCAUUGAUAUUUUCUUUAUGCUUUUAUUCUUUA